UCUAUGCACCUUAUAACAAAAAAAAAAAUUUAUUUCGAUCAUAUAUUUCGAAUUUGAUGGUUUUUGCAAGAACGAAAAACCCUAGCUUUUGACCAGUUUGAUUUGUGGAUCUGAUUGUUUUUCUGUUUGGAAGAGAGAAACCAUAUUGUGAGGUCUCGAUUUUGGUUCAAUCAGCAGAACCAAAUUUGAGUAUUCUUCUCCGGCGAAAGCAAAGCCUCUACUCGCCUCAGGCAAUUAUGUGUUACCUUCUGCGCCAGAAGGUGGUAUCGAAAAAACUGGAGGCCUAAUACUGGGAGUAAUGGUGACUUCAUAGGUAACUGUGUGUUCCUUGCAAUCGGCAAUACAGGAGGAAGUAGAACAUGAAGGCGAGGCCUCAGGUCAUUGUAAACAACCCCAGCUUGUUGAUUGCAGGUGGUUUGCUCUUGCCUUACGCAAUCAUGCCUCGGUAUUAUUGUGACUACUGUGACACUUAUCUGACACAUGAUUCGCCUUCUGUUAGAAAGCAGCACAAUUCGGGCUACAAGCACAAGGCAAAUGUGCGAACCUAUUAUCAGCAAUUUGAGGAACAACAAAGCCAAAGUUUACUUGACCAGAGGAUCAAGGAACAUCUCGGGCAAACAGGAGCGUACCCACAAGUUGGUGUUGCUUACAACCAACUGAGACCCCAUUUUCCUGUUCUACCUCAUCCUGUAUUGCCGAUUGCAGGGAACACACACAUACCUGUGAAUUCACCAUUACCCAUAGGAUUUAGGCCUCCAGUUUUGCCAAGACCGCCUACUGGCACACAAGGUUAUGUGUCUGCUCCUGUCAUGCCACCAAUGGUUGGGCCACCUGGUGCUCCUCCUUCCUAUCCCAGUCAAGUUAAUGGUCUUCCAAGGCCUCCGACUGUGAAUCCCCCGACAAUGGUUCCAGGGAGCACAUCAGUGGUGACACCAGCUGUGUAUCAAACCAGUCCACCGGUGCCAACAUCUGGAAGUUUUGAUAGUUUCAACGUGAAUGCUGAACCUAUUGAAGCUAAUCACUAGUUCGUCGAAGAUGGUGACAAAGGAGCGGACGAGAAGCAUAACCUGCGGUGCAACUCCCGUGGUAGAUUCUUCUUUUGCAAUGCUUAAUUUCGGGGUCAUUCUAGUUUGCGAUGUGCAUGAACUUCUCCUGCGCCUCUAAAUGCAGGGGACAGUCAUGUAAUUAAAUCAUGAAAACUGUUUUAGUUUCUGUUGCAAAGGAUGCUAAUGAGGGGGGCCGUUUGUUUAAGUUUCUUGUUUGUGAUUUAAGCUUAAACAUGAGUGACGUUCUUUUAAAUUUGGAGAGAAUGACAUUUUUUUUUUUUUAAUUUGCAUUUUCUUCUUCAUCUUCUGAAUUUGUUCUCUCAUUUACUGGUAUGGCCACCUGAUGGCUUUGGAUCAUUGGGACAAUGAGCAUAACAACGAUGAUUUCUUAAGGUA